GCGCUACCCAAGAGGGCGGCUGCAGCGACCAGCAGAAAGAAGAAGGGCAUCAGCACCAUCGCCAAGCGCAUGCAGACCAAGAGCCCGGGGCCAGCCAGAAAGUGGGCGAAGACCUCCGGGGGGCCAGCGGCAGUCCUCGCGCCGCUGGCGCUGCCAGCCCGCGCGGUAGCGACCCCCCCGGCCAAGCCCGCGGGACCCCCACUGCCAUUGGCGAGGGGCGCGGAGGCAGCCCCCGCGGCCAGCGCGGCACCGACGCGGCAGGCUGGGCGCCCACGGGGCACGUUCGAGCAGCUGAACCUAUCCCUUGCCACCAGGAUGCCCGUCAUUACAGCUACCACGGUGAGCACUGGGGGGGUCACGAACAGACGGCACGGCAGGUUCAACUUGCUGAGGGAAGUGGCCAGAGGCAGCGCAGCGGCCACAGAGGAGCUCCUGGUCACCCGAUGGGCGGACGAGGGCCCGGAGGCCAAGGGGAAGACGUACCAGACCUCUACGUUCAACUCCGUCAAAGUCAUGGAGAUCGCGCAACAGUGUCUCCUCAUCAAGCCAGAGGUCGGCAGCACGUGCGUCAGAUACGGGGGCGAUUUCCUAGCGUUGCUAGGGCUGGGCGCGCUGGUCAACAACCACGCAGGAGUGGGGGGCGCGUACCUACCGAUCGUGGAGAAAAUGAGCAGCGGUCGGAUCGAAUUCGAGCCACAGGACAUUACCAUCACUACCCCGGGUUCAACCUCAUCGAAGAGCCGACUGUUCGAAAAAGUGUUCGGCAUUGACAGUUGGGCAGCCUUCGCGGCCAGCCUGCAGGCAGACCUCGGCAGGCACAUCAAGCCCGGAGUAGACGUGGACGAUGCGAGGGCGAUCAUCGAUAGCAUCACAGACGUGCACACCCAGUCUUUCGGGUGCAAGACUGGCCAGCGCAUGGCGGCGCACCUCAACGUGCCACAGCGCAAGAAGCUCCUCUACGACAAGAACACCCCCGCUCCCACCCUCGUCGUGCACCUCGGGUAG